AUGGAGGCCAAGCUCCAGGCGUGGAGGGAGCAGAAGCGGAAGCGGGAGGAGGCCGCGCGGAACCGGGCCGCUCCUCCGUCCAAGAAGCAGGUCCCGGCGAGGAAUCUGGGGCCUGCAAAGCAAGCGCGCUCCAAGGUGCUCGUGGCCAAGGCGUCCAAGACGGCGCCACCAGCCCCGUCGAUCGAGGUGACGAGCGUACCCUCGGCCAACGCGCGCGAGGCGAAGGACGAUGCAACACCCGUCGUGGCGGUGGCCAUCGUUCCCGAGCCUACGCCUCCUGCCCUUGUGAACGACGCCCCUGCCAGAUCUGGAUCGUCCUCGCAGUCGUCGAGUGCAUCUUCCUCAACAACCGACGUCUACCGAAGCGCGUCCCAGCGAGCACCAUCUGCCACCGCGUCGCCAUUGCGGCGGGUCUCGAGCAGCUCGACGUCGUCGCCAUCGACCUCGUUGACCAAGUCGUUUGAGCGCAAGCGCUUGUCGACGUCGUCCUCGUCGUCGAUGACAGGACCAUCCAAGACGACUUCGCCGAUCGUAUCGACCCCGUCCUUUGUUGCGCCUCCCGCCCCCUCCGUCAUCCAGCGACGUGUCAGCAUGGAUCAGCUUCGACCCAAGCCCAUGACCCAGGUCGAAGAUCGACGAGCAUCCGUGGCCAACCCACUCAAGCCGCACCACCGACGCGUCUCCAACCUCGGUGCCGGCCCUCUCCGUGUGCUUGCAACGCACCAAGACAGCGAUUCGGAUGAGAGUAGUGACAACCAACCCGCGUCGCGCUCGAGCGGUGGCGAGUCAACCGCGCAGCCCUCUCCGUGGCAGAGCCGCCCAGCCUUUACAAGCUUGGCGCGCCGGACGUCCUUGAGCCGCUCGUCUAUUGAGCGGCAAUCGAUGGACGCGCCGUCAGUCUCGCUUGCCCCGCGUACACGGAAAUGGACACGCGACGACUUCAAGUUUACAGACAAGAAGCUUGGCUUUGGCAAGUUUGGGUACGUCUACUUGGCGAGACAGAGAACGGCCGCCGAGAAGGAGGUCGCCCUCAAGGUGUUGACCAAGCUCCGUCUCGACGAUGCGGGCAUGCAAAGCCUGAAAAUGGAGGUCGCGAUCCAGUCGCGCCUCUUGCACCCCAACAUUCUGCGCCUGUACGGCCACUUUCACGACGACGCACUCCUCUACUUGAUCCUCGAAUACGCGCCCCGCGGGACGCUCCAGAAGCUUUUGGCCGACCAACCGAAUGGCAGCUUUCCUGAGGCCACGGCUGCCCACUAUAUUUAUCAGGUUGCGUGCGCGCUCAAGUACCUCCAUGAGCGGCAUGUGAUCCACCGCGACAUCAAGCCCGACAAUCUCUUGCUCGGUCCCGAAGGUGGCAUCAAGGUCGCCGACUUCGGUCUCGCUGCCCACGCGCCACCUCCCGAUACCCGUCGCCGGACAUUCUGUGGCACGCCCGAGUACAUGGGCCCCGAAAUCGUGUGUCGCGGCGAGUACGGCUGCGAGGUCGACAUUUGGAGCCUCGGCGUCCUGGCGUACGAACUCCUCCUUGGCCAAACCCCAUUCCACGGCGACGACGUGUUUGCCAAGAUCGCUGCGUGGUACGAACAAGACUGCCCGCCCUUUCCACUACUGCUAUCGAGCCCGACGCUAUCGACGACUGCUAAAGACUUUGUACACGGCCUCCUCCGGCCCGUGGAGCUCCGGCGGUCCCUCGACGACGCACUGCAACACGAGUGGCUUCGACCCUUUCGAUAA